AUGGCCGGAGAACAACAUAGCGAUCACAGCCGUCCCCUCGUCAACUACAAUACGGACGACAGCCCGCCAUCCCAUGAAGCGGACGUUCGGGACGGUCAUCCAUCCACCCCGUCUCCAGAGCCCCAAAACAACGGAGAUGCCUCUCACGCCCACAAUUUAGGGGCAGAGACAUUUCAUCCCAUUCCCGUUCCCGUUGAAGGAGACGCCGUGAUGAUUGCCAUGGUGAAUGCCCUCAAUCAGGCCGGUUCUAUGCUCCACCAGCAGCACGAACGAAUCAUGGCCCUCGAAGCCGAACGACAAGAGGCCCGGCCCCAGCCGGUGAGUAGGAUACAACAACGUUCGGAGCCAACGAAGAAGCGAGGACGUCGCUCUCCAGAACCCCACGUCAGCAGGGCACGCGCUCGUCGUGACGGUGGUCGAGCGAGAACAUCACCAAGGCGCGGGCACAGCCCCGACAACAACGAACUGUCUCCCUUAAGGAGCGACGAGGAAGAUUUGCAUUGCCCCCUAUCUCGGGCAAUAAUGGAAGCCCCGCUCCCCAAAGGCAUGGAGAAACCACCAAAUCUAGCUGUGUACGACGGGACUACAGAUCCCGACGAUCACGUCGACAACGUCAACGCGAUGCUCGACUACCGCAAUGAUAUAACCGGGCACCUCAAAUGCCGACUGUUCUCAACGACCCUCAGGAAAGGGGCCAUGGCUUGGUACAAAAGCUUGGCCCCUGAGUCCAUUACAUCAUGGAGAGUCAUGAGGUCCAUGUUCACCAGGCACUUUACAGCUUCCCGUCGUCACCCCAAGACUGAGGCGACCCUUGAAGCCAUAGUGCAGAAGAAGAAUGAAACACUGCGCUCAUACAUCGAGCGAUUCAACCAAGAAGCUGUCGAGGUAGAUACCACCGAGCACAUGAAGAAGUAUCUCCUCGAGAGAGGUCUCUUGCCCGGCAGUGAACUUAGCAGAGCCGUGGGGAUCGAGCCUCCCCGCACCUUAAACGAACUCCUGCAUAAAGCCCAGGCCUACAUCAGAUACGAGGAAAAGCAGGUGGCACACAAUGCCCGCAGCGGACGUAACGCUGGGGAGACCGAGCACUCAAAACGCGAGGACACGAGCAUUUCCCGUCGCAACGGAGACAAACGAAGAGAAGAAAGACCUCGCGAGCUCCGGGAAGGAAGAGGCCCCGCGGGCAGAUAUAGCGAGUACACCUUACUGACAGCUCCUCGAGAGCGCAUCCUCGCAGAAUGUAUCAACUCUGAAUUUAAGCAGGGCAGGGUCAGGUUCCCAAAACCGUCUGCACCAAAGCCCCACACCGACAAAUCAAAGUACUGCCGGUUCCACAGAAGUCACGGGCACGUGACCGAAGACUGCGUCCACCUGAAGGAUGCGAUAGAAAUUUUAAUCCAAGAGGGGCACCUGAAGCAGUAUACGAGGAAGAACGAAGCUCCCAGACACGACGAGCCAGAGAAGAAGAGACCCCAGGAAGACACACCCCCUGACAACUCUCCCCAUCAAGUGGCCCUCUGCGUGUCACGACCGGAAGAUUUCUUCCUCCCCGAACCAUUGCCCGAGGGCAAGAUCACUGCACUCAGCCCCUGGGAAAACUUCCCUACCACACUGGUGAUAUCAGGAGGAGGAACUAACGGGGAAUCCGCGGCCCUCUCCGUCAAACGUAAGUUCGACGAACUCCUACUGGCUGCCCCCGAGCAGAAAGCGACAUUGACAAAAUACCGGGGAAAAUCCAACCCAAUAUCCUUCUUCCUGGAGGAACUCCCGGGCGGAUCCCCGAACUCGGGCAUCCCGCUAUUGAUAAGGGCAAAGAUGGCCCAAUUCGACGUACGACGCAUCCUGGUCGACCAAGGCAGCUCAGUGGAUAUCAUGUACGUCCACCUUUUCAAGACCCUGAAGCUAGACAAGACCAACUUAGCCCCCUACGUCGGAUCAGAUCUCCAAGGAUUCAACGGAGCAACAACCAGACCGUGGGGAUAUGUUGAGCUCCUCGUCACCUUCGGCGAACAAGAAACGGCCAGGGAAGUCAAAACCCAAUUCCUGGUCGUAGACUGUCCGUCUCUCUACAAUUGCAUCUUUGGACGCCCGACACUGGCCGAACUCACCGCGGUCCCAUCCACCGUCCACCUGAAGAUGAAAUACUACACCAAAUUGGGACGUGUGGUCACCAUCCAUGGUGACAUCGAAGCAGCCCGGCGAUGCUACGACGCCGCAGUAAAAGGACAGGCCGUAGUCAGCACGAAGAGCAACAACAAAAAACUCAAGACCGAGGAUCCUGCCCGAGGAGUCAACGCCAUCGACCUCGACUGUCGCAUCGGGCUGGACGAGACCGAAGAGGGGAGGUUCCCCAAGGAACGCUCUCUCGAACACCCGGUCCGACCAAUCCCCGACGGGGAGUUCGAACUCAUUCCUCUUGGGGACGAUCCGGAAAGGACGGUGAAAAUAGGUAAGGGACUACCCGAGGAAACAAGAGAAGAGCUAGUAGCAUGCCUCAAAGAGAACUCCGACCUCUUCGCGUGGAAUGCCGCAGAAAUGCCCGGGCUGGACCCCGAGAUCGCGUGUCAUAAGCUAGCUUUAGACCGGGCAGCCAAGCCCAUAGCACAGCGUAGACGCAAGCAAUCGCCCGAAAAGGCAGAGGCUGCCGAGCGAGCUGUAAAAGACCUCUUAGAGGCAAAUUUUAUUUCUGAAGCCCAGUACACAACCUGGCUCUCUAAUGUAGUCCUCGUUAAGAAAAAUAAUGGAAAAUGGCGUAUGUGUGUUGAUUAUACUGAUCUUAAUAGGGCUUGCCCGAAAGAUGCUUUCCCCCUCCCUAAUAUAGACUCGCUCGUUGACAACUCUGCAGGUUUUAAACUCUUGUCCUUCAUGGACGCAUAUAGUGGAUACAACCAGAUCCCUAUGUCGCCCGCAGACAAGAAACACACAGCGUUCAUGACCCCAACGGGCAAUUACUAUUACAACGUGAUGCCGUUCGGGCUCAAGAACGCUGGCGCUACAUACCAACGCAUGAUGAACAAAGUCUUCAAGGACGAAAUAGGGGACAUGCUCGAAGUGUACAUGGACGACAUGAUCGUCAAAUCACACGAGUAG